AUGCGUUCAUCAUCUAUUCGAAGCUACUCGUCUGGAUAUUCGUCCAAGUAUUCCUCCAAUCAUACGUUCGCUUUUCUACGCAUGGAGGCACCACCGAAACCACCAAGAUUAUGCUACAGCGACAGUAUCUACAAUAAGAAAGAAACAUACUAUCAAGCCGUAGAUCACACUCUGUCGUCAGUGAUGAACGGGCUGACAUUCCAACUUCAGUCUGGCAUUCACAAGCGGACGCUGACCAUCGAUUCGCCAGAGAUUUCGUUGCGAGAUCUACGUUCAGAGGCUUUCAAAUUCAUACAGGAUACGUAUCCCGAAGGAGUGUGCGAUUCGUUGCAAGAUCACAUCUUGCUUUAUAAACAUGAUCUACGUUCGAUAAAUAUUCUACAAUUAAUUACGACCAGUUCAGACAUAUCCGAAGGCACACUGGUUGAGAUCGUUAUCAGCUCCUGUCCGCAACAUGAGCGGCUUGUGGUCCAUCCACAUACGCUCUAUGUCCAUUCCUAUAAAGCUCCAACAUUCUGUGACUUCUGCGGCGAACUGCUCUUUGGUCUCGUCAAGCAGGGCUUGAAGUGCCAAGGAUGCGGUCUCAACUAUCACAAAAGAUGUGCAUCAAAGAUCCCGAACAACUGCAAUGGUUCCCGGCAAAGAAGACCUAGCGCAAUUCCCUUGUCGCCAUCCACUUCGAAUGUUUUCAGUAUGGGCGACAGAAGGCAAUCCCGUCGUGAAUCAUGUCUGGAUGCUCUUGAUACUGCUCGUCCAGCCUCUACCAUGGGAACGGCUCAACUGGCACCUGAUAUCUACAUCACAGCGGAUGACUGUGGAGAUGCGGUUGGUGGCAAUUUCCUCCAAAUGCCCCGAAAAGAUCGCAGUUGUUCAUGGAGUGGACGACCUUUGUGGAUGGAAGUUGCUGAGGCCACUAGAGUCAAGGUGCCACACACCUUCCAAGUUCAUAGCUAUAAGCGACCAACUGUUUGUCAGUACUGUAAAAAGCUCCUCAAAGGGAUUAUAAGGCAAGGCAUACAGUGUAGGGAUUGUAAAUACAAUUGCCACAAGAAGUGCAGCGAAUUUGUCGCAAAAGACUGUCCUGGCAAUCCAUCCGCCAAUCAUUUCUUCCUCGGAACUUCCGACGAUGGUACCACUGAAGAGCAAGGGGAUGAGAAUACGCAAUUGCGGACUCAUAAGAAAGCACAAAAUACGCCAAGCGCACCGUUGCAUAGCUCUGAAGAUUUCAAUGGUCAAACAAGUCCGGAUGACGAUGUAAUGACAGCUGAAAGCCAGAACAUUCCACUCAUGCGAGUUGUGAUGUCCAAAAAGCAGACUAAACGAAAAAAUAACAAAGUGUUGAAAGAAGGCUGGGUGGUACACUACACGAAUCAAAUGAACAUGAGAAAGAAGCAUUACUGGCGACUGGAUACUAAAAGUUUGAUUAUGUACCAGGAUGAGACGUCGACGCGGUAUUUCAAGGAAAUCCCACUGAAUGAAGUGCUGUCGCUAGAAAAUGUGGACCAUGCUUCUCUGAAGAAAACCCCUACACAUUAUUUUGAGAUAAAGACGCAAGAUUGCACAUAUUACAUCGCUGGUUCCCCUUCGGAAGAGAAUUCGUUGGAUUCAGCCCAAUCAUGGUCGGCUGCGAUCAAGGCGGCGCUGAUGCCGGUCACUCCGCAAUCAUCCAUCAGUGGCCAAAAGCGAGCGAGUGACAUGGCGAAGUUGAAAGUGCCGAAUGAGGGUGAAAAAAGUCGUCUUGGCGCAACGAUACAAAGUGAGCAGGAAUUCUCUCAACUCUAUCAAUUAUUUGCCGAAGAGGUUCUCGGAUCUGGUCAAUUCGGCACUGUUUAUGGUGGUAUCCAUCGAAAAUCUGGCAAGCAUGUGGCUGUAAAAUUGAUAGACAAAUUGAAAUUUCCGCCAAACAAAGAGGAUUUAUUACGAGCCGAAGUCCAUAUAUUGCAGAAAGUACGUCAUCCUGGUGUUGUCGAUUUCCUGCAGAUGCUUGAGACUCCUGAUCGGAUAUUCGUAGUCAUGGAAAAGUUGAAGGGUGACAUGUUAGAAAUGAUAUUAUCCAGCGAAAAGGGACGGCUAAGUGAACGAAUAACGCAGUUUCUUGUUGCUCAGAUUCUUAUCGCGCUACGAUAUCUGCACAAUCAAAAUAUUGUGCACUGCGAUCUAAAGCCAGAGAAUAUCCUAUUGACGUCAAAUUCAGAUUUUCCACAGGUCAAACUUUGUGACUUCGGAUUUGCACGAAUCAUUGGCGAAAAGUCGUUCCGAAGAUCCGUAGUGGGAACUCCGGCCUAUCUCGCUCCCGAAGUGCUCUGUAAUAAAGGCUUUAAUCGUUCGCUGGACAUGUGGAGCGUAGGAGUGAUCGUAUAUGUCAGUCUCUCCGGUACUUUUCCAUUCAAUGAGGAUGAGGAUAUCGUCGACCAGAUUCAAAACGCUGAAUUUAUGUAUCCACCAAAUUUGUGGAAGGAAAUUGGCAAUAAUGCUAUUGAAUUCAUCAAUGGUCUGUUGCAAGUGAAAAUGAGCAAGCGAUUUACCGUCUCGAAGGCAUUAGCACAUAUCUGGAUGCAGGGAUACGAUUUAUGGUCAGAUCUUCGUUGCCUCGAAAAAGCGGUCGGUGAGCGAUUUUUAACGCACGAAAGUGACGAUGCAAGGUGGAGCGAGUUCGAGAAGAAUCACGGUCUCACACCUGUCUACGUCUAGUCCUUCACUACAAACAAUAGAUGUUCUGAAUCCUUCCAAAUAUAGCAUUUCUGUGAUGCCAUGUGUUGAUUUUCAUUUCUUGUUAAAUUGAAAAUUUUCUCAAAGAAAAUUUAUAUUUGUAAAUUUUUUGUUUUUUUUGAGUGAGAAUCUUCCUAUCCUAGUCAUCGACUUAGUCGGAUAAUUCAUAGAUUCGUACAUAUCGUCAUUAUAAAUCGCCCAAGUGCAUGCGAAUUUGCACUCUUCGCAAACGAUCUCUUUUUUUGCCCCCCCCCCCCCCCCACCCCUUCCCGCUUUCCCUAUCCCGAUGGUCAAUCAGUCUUAAGGACUUCGAUAAACAUUCGAGCUUCUCUUGGCCUGUUGAUGUUCAUAUCGCGUCGUGUUGCUAACGGAUUUUAUAUAUCAAAUCCAAAUUUUUCUAGUAAUUUUUCAAAUUUCUCUAGUUUAAAUUUCUGAUAGGAUAGUCUAGUAUAUCGGUACUUUCUAGCUUCAAUUCGAUCACAUCCCAGGCAAAUAUGCGGUUUCAUGUGCGUUUUUUGUUCUGUCAAAUUUUCCUGUUAUGUGCAGAUUGUAUUUCUAUACAUGUUUCUGAAUGAAAAGUACAAUUGUCU